AUCACUAGAGGUCACGAAUUGUCCAAUUGCAUUUGUUUACCUUUCGCCCGUUUAAACUUUUCGGUGGUUUUCCCUUCGAGCGGUCAAGUGGAGGAGUCGCGGCGUGAAUUGUGCGAAGGAUCGAGAUCGAGGGACGCCAGUGGUUUAGCCGGAGUUUGCCGAACUUUUCGAGUGUGCAUGUGUGCGUGUGUGUGACUGGAGCCCGAAAAUAGGAAGCGAGUUAACGGUAAUACGGCGAAGGUGAAGAGCGAGCGGGACAACGAUAGCAAAUGUGGUGGGCCAAGAGGUGGGGACAUUAGAGGGAAGUGGAAAAGGAUCCAAGCGAACGACAACGAGAACGACGCACAACGAAACUUUCCUUCGGGGCGGGGCGAUAAAGGCCCAGUAUUCAACAAAUUCCCCCAUUGCUGGUCAUGUAGUACAGUGAACUACCGGUAGCAGCAACCAUUUAACGAACAACAACAACACCGAGGUGCCCUUAGACAAUCUAUUCGUACAACAGGAACAACAAACUCAACUAACAACAAAUUGAAAUUGAUAACUGCCGAUUUUUGAACUGACAAUAAAACUAAGCGCAACUGUUAAAGAAAAACAAAACAAAGAACCAAAGGAUUUAAUCAGAAAACAAAGGAAACACUUACAAAAUGGGACGCAAAGUAACCGUGGCGGUGUCCACACUGAACCAAUGGGCCCUGGACUUCGAGGGGAAUAUGGUGAGGAUACUGCAGUCCAUCCUGGAGGCGAAGGACAUGGGCGCCAGCUAUCGCACGGGACCUGAGUUGGAGGUUUGUGGCUACAGCUGCGAGGACCACUUCCGGGAGCCGGACACCUUCCUGCACUCGUGGGAGGUGCUGCUGGAGGUGAUGAUGUCGCCCAUGUGCGAGAACAUGCUGGUGGACGUGGGCAUGCCGGUGAUGCACCGCAACGUGGCCUACAACUGCCGCGUGGCGUUCUUCAACCGCCAGGUGCUGCUCAUCCGCCCCAAGAUGGCCAUGUGCGACGACGGCAACUACCGGGAGUCGCGCUGGUUCACCGCCUGGACGAAGGCGCUGCAGACGGAGGAGUACGUCCUGCCGCGGAUGAUUGCCCAGCACACGGGCCAGCAGACGGUGCCCUUCGGGGACGCCGUGAUCGCCACCAGGGACACCUGCCUGGGCUACGAGAUCUGCGAGGAGCUGUGGAACGUGCGCAGCAAGCACAUCGAGAUGUCGCUGGCCGGCGUGGAGCUGAUCGUGAACAGCUCGGGCAGCUACAUGGAGCUGCGCAAGGCGCACAUCACCUCGGAUCUCAUCCGGAAUGCCAGCUUCAAGGCCGGCGGUGCCUAUCUGUUCAGCAAUCUGCGCGGCUGCGACGGCCAGCGGGUCUACUUCAACGGCUGCUCGGCCAUCGCCCUCAACGGAGAGAUCCUGGCGCGCGGCCAGCAGUUCGCCCUGCAGGACGUCGAGGUCACGCUGGCCACCAUCGACCUGGAGGAGAUUCGCGCCUACCGCUGCAGCCUGCGAUCGCGCUGCUCGGCGGCGGCGAAUGCGCCGGACUACCCGCGGAUCCACUGCGACUUCGAGAUGUCGACGCACAGCGACAUCUUCAAGACCUCGACGCCGCCGCUCAACUGGCCCGUCCACACGCCCGAGGAGGAGAUCGCCCUGGGCCCGGCCUGCUGGCUGUGGGACUACCUGCGGCGCUCCGGGCAGGGCGGCUUCUUCCUGCCCCUCAGCGGGGGCGUCGACUCGAGCAGCUCGGCGACCAUCGUGCACUCGAUGUGCCGCCAGAUCGUCCAGGCCGUGCAGCUGGGCGACGCCCAGGUGCUCCACGACAUCCGGCUGAUCCUGGCCGACACGGACUACACGCCGGACAACGCGGCCGGGCUGUGCAACCGCCUGCUGGUCACCUGCUACAUGGGCAGCGUGAACAGCAGCAAGGAGACGCGCCGCAGGGCGGCCCAACUGGCCAGCCAGCUGGGCAGCUACCACAUCGAGAUCAGCAUCGACUCGGCGGUCAAUGCCCUGCUGGGCAUCUUCAAUGCCGUCACCGGCCUGACGCCGCGCUUCCGGACGCAGGGCGGCUGCGCCCGCCAGAACCUGGCCCUCCAGAACAUGCAGUCCCGCAUCCGCAUGGUCCUCGCCUACAUCUUCGCCCAGCUGAUGCUCUGGGUGCGCAACCGGCCGGGCGGACUGCUCGUCCUCGGCUCCGCCAACGUGGACGAGUCGCUGCGCGGCUACCUCACCAAGUACGACUGCUCCUCGGCGGACAUCAAUCCGAUCGGCGGGAUAUCCAAGAUGGAUCUGCGCCGAUUCCUCACCUAUGCCAAGGACAAGUUCAACCUGCCCGUGCUGGAGUCGAUCAUCGAUGCCCCGCCCACCGCCGAGCUGGAGCCGCUGCAGGAGAACGGGGAGCUGCAGCAGACGGACGAGCAGGACAUGGGCAUGACCUACGCGGAGCUCUCCGAGUACGGGCGCCUGCGCAAGCAGUCCUUCUGCGGGCCGUACAGCAUGUUCUGCCGCCUGGUGGCCACCUGGAAGGGCGACCUCAGUCCCAAGGAGGUGGCCGAGAAGGUGAAGCACUUCUUCCGCUGCUACGCGAUCAACCGGCACAAGAUGACCGUGCUGACGCCGUCGGUGCACGCGGAGAGCUACAGUCCGGACGACAACCGGUUCGACCACCGGCCCUUCCUGUACAGGCCCAACUGGAGCUGGCAGUUCAAGGCCAUCGACGACGAGGUGGACAAGCUGCAGCCGAUCUACACGCCCUCGUCGGCCCAGCUGCGUCCCAGCAGCGAGGACCUGCUGCUCUCCACGCAGCGCUCGUCCCAGCUGGACGACUCCAAGCACUCCUCGCCCCUGUCCUCGGCCUCGGCGUCCGCCUCCAUCGACGUGGGCAUCUCCACGGCGGCGGUGCCGCUGCCGGGAGCCGCCGCCCCCGGCGGCCUCUCCAAGAAGCCCAGCGGCUACUCCAAGGUGCACGUCAAUGUGCUCGGCAAGAUCAAGGACCGCACCGGCAUUCCCGUCUAGGAACCACUAGGAGCACACUCGCAGAGCACUGAAACUAUACACUGUUUUUUUUUUAUUAGCACAGCUUGAUGUCUUUUGCUGCCCGGCCCCUUAGAAAAUCAUAGUGCUUAGGAAGUUGCAUCUUACAUGAUUUAGAAUCACCUAUCAAAUAUAAUUUCAACUAUGUGCCUUCUAUUUUUCGUAACUUGAUAACGCUCUCCUUUAUUUCAUACAGAAAUGUUUCCUUAAAUUUGUUGAUUUGAUCAAAUCCUCAGAAGUAAAUAUAUCGGUUGUUAAUGCUUUUGAUUUGUAUAAACACGGAUAGUCCUUUUCUAUACAUUUUUAUU